AUGUCUUCUCACAAAGGACCUGUGGUGGCCCAAGGCAGUGGGACUCCUGCCGGGAACAGGGAGGCUGACACAGUGGAGCUGUCUGAGCUGGGCCCCCUGCUACAGGAGCUAGGCAAGCAGGGCGUCGCCAGCCCAACCAAAGCUGAAGAAGAGCAGGCAUGCCCAGGGCCUCAGGAAGAGGCGGAGGAGGGGCGGGUGCUGACACUUCCCCUGCAAGGCCACCAUGCCAUGGAGAAGAUGGAGGAGUUUGUGUAUAAGGUCUGGGAGGGGCGCUGCAGGGUCAUCCCGUACGACGUGCUUCCCGAGUGGCUGAAGGACAAAGACUACCUGUUGCAUGGCCACAGGCCGCCCAUGCCCUCCUUCCGGGCCUGCUUCAAGAGCAUCUUCCGCAUCCACACGGAGACCGGCAACAUCUGGACCCACCUGCUUGGUUUUUUGCUGUUUCUCUUUCUGGGAAUCCUGACCAUGCUCAGACCAAACAUGUACUUCAUGGCCCCCCUUCAGGAGAAGGUGGUGUUCGGGAUGUUCUUCCUGGGUGCGGUGCUCUGCCUCAGCUUCUCCUGGCUCUUUCACACUGUCUAUUGUCACUCAGAGAAGGUCUCUCGGACCUUUUCCAAACUGGAUUAUUCAGGGAUUGCCCUGCUGAUUAUGGGGAGCUUUGUCCCCUGGCUCUAUUACUCCUUCUACUGCUCCCCACAGCCACGGCUCAUCUACCUCUCCAUCGUGGGCAUCUGUGCCAUCAUUGUGGUGCAGUGGGACCGGUUUGCCACUCCUAAGCACCGGCAGACAAGAGCAGGGGUGUUCCUGGGGCUUGGCUUGAUCGGCAUCGUACCCACCACGCACUUUACAAUCGUGGAGGGCUUCAUCAAGGCCACCACGGUGGGCCAGAUAGGCUGGUUCUUCCUCAUGGCUGCGAUGUACAUCACCAGAACUGGCCUUUAUGCCGCAUGGAUUCUUGAGCGCUUCUUCCCUGGAAGAUUCGACAUAUGGUUCUAGUCUCAUCAGAUCUUCCACGUCCUGGUGGUGGCAGCCGCCUUCGCCCACUUCUACGGGGUCUCCAACUUUCAUGAGUUCCGAUAUGGCCUGGAAGGGGGCUGUACUGAUGACUCCCUCCUCUGA